AGAGAGAGAGAGAGAGAGAGAGAGAGAGAGAGAGAGAGAGAGCAUCAUCAAAACACUGGCAUACAGCUUCCUCUGCCCGGAUAUCGAGAGAGGACAACAGGGAAUUCAGAGGUUAAAUUAAAAACAACAACAACAAAGGAGGACACGGGAGGCUGUGCGCGGGGGAGAGACUCGAGCAUCCAUCCUCGCAGCAGCAGGAGCUCGUGAUACCGUUUGUAGUAGCAGGAGCAGAUUCGGGGAUUUUUUUCCGUGUCGGUGUCCCGGUGCUCCACACACCCUGUGCCUUUGAAGCAGCAGCGGGGAGGAGGGGAGGACCAGAGAGGAGGCUGUGCAGAGAGGAGGAGGAGGAGGACCAUGGAGGGGAUGCAGGCAUACGGAGCCGGGAAAGCCGGAGGAGCCUUCGACCCCGUCACCUUCUUCCAGCAGCCUCAGACCAUUCUCCGCAUAGUGUCUUGGCUUUUUUCCAUCGUGAUCUUCGGCUGCAUCGCCAACGAGGGCUACAUCAACCGCCCCAAUGAAGUGGAGGAGUAUUGCAUCUUCAACCGCAACCAGAACGCCUGCAAUUAUGGCGUUGUUAUGGGCUCCAUGGCCUUUCUCUGCUGCAUGGCCUUCCUGGCUCUGGAUGUCUACUUUCCCCAGAUAAGCAGCGUCAAAGACCGUAAGAAGGCAGUGCUGGCUGACAUCGGGUUGUCAGCGUUCUGGUCCUUCAUGUGGUUUGUGGGUUUCUGCUUCUUGGCAAACCAGUGGCAGGUGACCAAGCAUGAGGACAAUCCACUGAGGGAGGGAGGGGAUGCUGCCCGGGCAGCCAUUACCUUCUCCUUCUUCUCCAUCUUCACCUGGGCGGGCCAGUCCUUCCUGGCCUUCCAGAGGUACAAGCUUGGGGCCGAUUCAGCCCUCUUCUCCCAGGAAUACACGGAUCCCAGCCAGGACGCUGCCGGAGCCCCUUACACCUCCUUCGGUGGGGACGACCUGGAGAGCCCAGGAGGAGGAGGAGGGGGCCAGGCCAACAGCGACGGGGCCUUUGAUGGCACCGGUGGCUACCAGCGUCAGGACUACUGAGAUAUUGGGGGGGAAAUCACAUCACUAUCACACUAAAAAUACUGAGUCAAAAUUGACGCAGUUUGGGUCAACAUGGCACCGAUGCAAUACCAGUACCAAUGGGUAGUUUUGACCCAGUGUUAGACACAAUGAGCUUAAAGGUAAACCUUUUUCAACCAGCUUUCUAUCAUUAUAACAUGGGUAGUGUAUGCAAAUGAACAAUGUUUACCUUCCUUCCAUGUUGCCUGCACCUACAGCUCCUCAUGCAUUUGUCAGAAGAAGUCUUUUUCCUAUUUUAAUAAAAUUGUCCGUGGAGGCUAGGAUACAAAAAAAGCAUAAGUACAAUCUGUAGUUCGAACAACAGCCGUAGAGCCAAGGAGAGUCAGGUGGACUUUUGUCAGCAAAUAAAGGGGAAGCUCUGGGUGCAGGCAACAUGGAGAGAAGUUAAAUAUUGUUUAUUUGUAUAUACUACCCACGUCGUAAGGAUACAAAGCUGGUUGAAAAUCAGCAAAGUUUCUCUUUAAGCUUGAAAACUGUCACAAUUUUUUAAGUGUACAAAACUGCAAAGGAUACACAUUGUUAUUAACAGUAAGUAAUAUAAAAACAUUUACACUAAGUUAAAACAACACAUUGUCUUGGGUGGUUUUCUAUCCAUGGGUACUGGGUAAAGUUAAUACAGUAUUGCAUUGGUGCUAUAUAAUUUUGAUUGAGUGAUUAUUAGUGUGUACAUGCAACAAUUAAUGCAUUUAGCUGGGGGAAGAAGUUAGUGGAUUUCACACCCAUGACACUUCAGUGAUUGGGAUGAUUUCCUACUGUAUGUAUGAUAAAAAGCAGAAUUUAUCUCUAGGGCAAUUGUAAUUGCAACAGAUUUUGAGAGGCAAAUCUAACCUCGGGGGGUGGGACAGGAUGUCAAUUAGGUGUGAGUCUGCAGUAGAACAACAGCAAGGGGUUCAGGACAUCCAUGGGAAAGGGUCGUGGGAUGCAGAGAGACACUCGAUGCGGUUGUAGAUGUCAGUGAAAGUUUAGUCGGGAAAGUGGGAAGAAUUCUGAGUUAUUGCAGAAGCGGUCACCCUGUAGCAGAUCAGUGCUUGUGACCACAUUGCCUUCAUCUUCUGAGGUCUGCUGUCAAUCAGCAUUGAAACACAGACACACACACACACACAACAAACACACACAUGCAAGCACACGUUCACAGAGUAUCGAGUUCCUGCUGACAAAAUUCCUUAGAUGUGCAUUACAGGACCUCAGCGUAGACAAACAAGCAACAUUGGCAUAUCUGGCAACUGAUCCCCUCAACUGUAACACUGGAGUAUGUUUGUGUGUGUGUUGAAAGGUCUCUUUUGGGUUUUAAUGAUGUGUGGAUGUAAGGACAGUGUGUGUUAUCUUGUUUCCCUAAAGAACCCGCUUUUUAUUUUCUCAAUUGUUGCCUUAGUGCUAACUGCCAAGCAAAAUCCGACGAACACAGGGCAAAGUAUACCCUACAUGCACAGUAUCACAGUUCCCUUUGAGCAUCUUUAGAGCGAAAACAUAGCUAAUGGAAUUGAGUCUUGUUUUUGUCCUUAAGCACGUAAAAAUGACACAGAAAAUGACAACACUCAUAUCAGCGGGCCUACAGACAACUUACUACACUAAAGAACUGCAGGUGAUUUACCUAUUGUGUUUCGCUCUUUAUUUCAACAAAUCUACAGAUGAGGCAACCAUGAACAUCCUGAGUAUUUAUGACCAUGCAUUGCUCCAUUUUCUUAAAGAAUAAAGUAUAUCUAUCUCUCUAUAAAUAUAUGUAAAUCUAUAAUUCAGCAUAUUAGAGUGUUUAAAAAAAAUUAUGCUUUAUUUUAGGGCAUUAUGCUAGUUCUGUAUAAAAAAAGAAAAGAAAAGAAAGAAGAUCUAUGUUCUGUUGAGUGUUAUUGUGGUAAGAUAUAUGGUGAGGUUAUCCAUGCCUCAUCCUUUAUGUUGCUUUCAGGGUAAGGAGAUGUUUUUAUUUUGGGAUAAUAAUACUAACUAUAAAAAUACAGCAACAAAAAAUGUGACCAAAUUAUAAGUAUAUAUGCAUAUAUAUAUACUUUAUACUGUACAACUGUGUAGACGUAGAAAUGUGUGAUGUUCCUUUGUGAAAUCUGUUCAAAAGUUAAGAUUUAAGAAAAAGAUUGUGUACAAAUGUAUGUUUUUGAUGUGUUCGAUUUUAACCAAUGAAAAUAAAGAAAACACUGAUAAAGCUACAAA